AGCCCUGGGAUACUUUGUAUCUGUGUGUGUGUGUGUGCAGGGAUUCCAUUGCAGGGAGCAGUAGAACUACCAGGUGAUCGGUAAGAGAGCAGGAUCCCUUCAGAGGCUGUAACAAUAGGCUUCUUGCAGCAAUCAUACUGAGAUUGACCCCUGCUGGUACCCGUAGUGGCAGGUCCAUAUAGUCUGCCUUGGGAGGACUGCCCAGCUCACAGCAUCCUGCAGGGCUCUAGCUGUGGGCAGACACCAGCUCACAAGGCACAAUGUUUCUUGAACUCCUAUUAGCCGUCAUUGCUGGGGCAGUGCUUUACCACUUCAUUUUCCGGAAAAACAAUGAGGAAUUGCCAAUGGGUGAUGGGUGGUGGGGACCUGGCCAGAGACGAGAGAGCGAGGAAGAUGAAAGCAUUCGACCUUUCAAAAUUGAAACAACCGAUGAAGAAUUAAAUGACUUGUUCCAUCGUAUUGACCAGACUCGUUACUCAGAGCCUCUGGAGGGCAGCCGCUUUAAUUAUGGAUUCAACUCCACCUAUCUCAGGAAAGUGGUUUCUUACUGGAGAAAUGGUUUUAACUGGAGGAAACAAUUGGACAUAAUUAAUAAGUACCCGCAUUUCAAAACCAAAAUCGAAGGUAUCGAUGUUCAUUUCAUUCAUGUGAAGCCGACAAACCUCCCCGCUGGUCGGUCUGCCAAGCCUAUUCUCAUGGUGCACGGCUGGCCAGGAUCAUUCUAUGAGUUUUACAAGAUCAUCCCUUUCCUGACUGAUCCCAGGAGCCACAGCCUGAGCGAUGACCAAGUCUUUGAGGUGAUCUGCCCGUCCAUUCCUGGAUAUGGCUUCUCUGAACCAUCUCACAAACAAGGCUGCAAUUCCGUUGAAGUUGCCCGCAUCUUCUACAAGCUAAUGCAGAGGUUGGGCUUCCGCGAAUUCUACACUCAAGGAGGAGACUGGGGAUCCCUCAUCUGUACAAACCUGGCACAGAUUGCUCCCAGCAAUGUCAAAGGGCUACACCUUAACAUGGUGGCUGUGUCUGGCUCCAAUUCAAGGUUGCCCCAGCUGCUGUCCGUCCUCUUUGGCCAGCGGUUUCCAGGACUGUUUGGCUUGCAAGAAGAAGAUGUGCGAAGGAUGUUUCCUUUUUCAAGCAAAGUGUUUUACCAUCUUGUAAAGGAAAGCGGAUACAUGCAUCUCCAGGCCACCAAACCUGAUACAGCAGGGUGUGGAUUAAAUAGCUCCCCAGUUGGACUUGCUGCGUACAUACUGGAGAAAUUUUCCACUUGGACUGACCGUGAUUUUCGUGAUUAUGAAGAUGGUGGACUUGAAAGGAAGUUCACCUUGGACGACCUUCUAACCAACAUUAUGAUUUACUGGUUGUCCGGCUCGAUUGUGUCUUCUAUGAGGUUUUACAAGGAGAAUAUCGGCAAGGGGCUUGGUGCUGCCAAGCAUGAGACAGUACUUGUCAAGGUUCCAACUGGUGUCGCCUCCUUCCCCAACGAGCUGAUGCAUUGCCCCCUCUACUGGGCCAAGCAGAAAUACGUCAACAUUAUCUCAUUUAAUUACAUGCCACGAGGGGGUCACUUUGCGGCUUUUGAAGAGCCAGAAAUUCUGGCUAAAGAUAUCCAGCAAUUUGUAGCUAAAGUAUCUCAAAAAUAAGAACCAGCCCCAUGGAGGCUUUUAUAUCAGAGCUGACCUACUAUUAUAAGGACAUUCCCACCAUUUCCAUCCAGCCAUAGAUGAUGAUAAUGGAAGUUCUGCAGCACAAUUCACCUGGAUACCUCUGAGUGUUGAUUUUGGCUGAAACAAUUCUAGGUUUGUGUUAGGAUAAUAUUUUGUACGAGUCACUUAAAAUUGGUGUGAAUUUAAAACCACUAUUCUAUGCAAAUGCUUUGGUAGAGAAUUUAUAUUUUUAGAGAUUGAUUAAUAAACUAAAAGUGCGAAUACACAUAUAAGCUAUAAAUACAUUGCUAAAUAUUUUGUUAUUAAUACGGAGGCCUUGCUUGUUAUAGCGUAAAUUUUCUAAGAAAUAGUACGGGAAAAAUGUUUGGGUUUGUUUCUUUCUUAAUUAUGUUAAUCAUGGGGG